AUGAUACAUCUCGAAGAUCAAUUUAUAACAGACGAUCAAGUAAAGGCAGCUUAUCAAAAUACGCGUCUCGAACACAAUGUACACCUUGAUAUAAAUUCCAGUCCUAAACUAGCUAGGCUUACCAAAAUUAUGGUUACACUGGGUAAAAUGAAUUCUCAUCCUGACGCCAUCGUUGAUAUGAUGAUGGCUGGAGCAAACAUAGUCCGCUUGAACAUGUCUCAUGAAACGGAAAAAUGGCAUGCAAUCACUGUUCGGUCUAUUAGAGAAGCUGGGAAUAGGAUGUAUGAAUUCACGAGCGAGGUUUACCCCUUAGGUGUUGCAAUGAAUCUUCGAGGUCCUGAAAUAAGGACGGGUGGUUUUCACGGUGACGAGCUGUGCCUAGGGUACGCUAAAUUAAGAACAGGUAAUUUGGUCAGGCUGGUAACAAAUGAUAUUGCAAAACGUGCAGGAUCCGCUGGGUGUUUCUGGAUUUCUUAUAGCGAAUUACCUCGAAUAUGUCGAUCCGGCGACAGAAUACUCAUCGAUCGAGGCACUGUUUUAUUACAAGUCACCUGUAUACGUGAGAAAUCUUUGAUUUGUAAAGUCGUCAAAGGUGGUACUGUAAGGGACGAUGCAUUGGUACAGUUAUUAGACAGUAUAAUUUCGUUGCCACAAAUUUCGGAAAAGGAUACUCAACACGUCAAAUUGGCUUCCGCUUUGGAAUGCGAUUUUGUCAUAGUGAAUCAUGCGCGCAAUAAGGAAAUGAUUUUCAGCGUUAAAAGUCGCUUAAAAGAAAUGGGAAUUACCGAAAUUUGUGUGGCAGCAAAGAUUUCGACACAGCAAGGUUUAGAGAAUUUCGACGAAGUUCUGAACGUAGCCGAUGCAAUUCUUAUUGAUAGAAGGAGUAUUGAAAUCGAUGUAGGAACCGAAAAAUUGUUUCUCGUCGAAAAGAUUCUUAUCGCAAAAUGUAUCAAAGAUUUCAAGUGAGCAAUAAUGGGAUUUCAAGUGUGCAAUAAUGGGAAAUUGAACAUCGACAUGAAUCUAAUUGCAAAUGCUGUUUUAAACGGAGUCGAUGCGAUAUUUCUUAAAACUGGAACUUUAAAUGCGAAAGAAACUACGAAAUUAUUGAAAGAUGUCGAUAUGGUAUGUAGAGAAGCCGAAAGCGCUCGGUGGCAGAAAGAAAUUUUUGACGAACUGAGCUGCAAGGUGCCAGUACCUUUAGAUCCCGCACAGGCUAUUAUAGUUGGGGCUGUUGAGACAUCCUUAAAAUCGAACGCAUCUGCAAUUAUCGUUACAACAACAUCUGGGCGCAGUGCUAUUUUGAUAUCGAUGUAUCGUCCCAGAUGUCCAAUUCUUGCAAUCACGCGUUAUGGAGUAGUCGCAAGAUUGUUACAAUUGUAUUACGGUGUCCACCCUUUCCACUACAGAACGAAGCCUUUGUGCGAUUGGACUAAAGACAUGGAAAUUCGAAUACAAAAUGGUGUCGACUCCCUCCGAAGGAAAAAGUAUAUUAAGAUUGGUGAUCCGAUCGUGAUAGUUAGCGGAUGGCGUCAAGGUGCAGGAUUUACAAAUUGUGUGCGUAUAAUUUACGUAUCACCCGGACACAUGGAAAAUCAAACGUCAAAUUUUGAGCCCUGCUGGUGA